AAACGUCGCGCCGCUGCCAGCCGUGUGCUGGGCGCGCGAUCAGCUGCUGCUGGGGGGAGAGAUGCUGUGUGCUUGCCCGCUGGUGCGCGGUUUAAGCGGCGAUACACCACGCUGCGAAGUGCAGAAGCUGCCGAAGGGUGAGCCGCCCAUCGUGCAACUGCAGAUGGAGACCUCUGAACGCUUCUUGGCCUCAGUCCAUGGUGGCGGCAAUCUGCGCGUGUGGUGGGCCAAGGAGGAGGACUGUCCUGCACGGAGCCGUGUUCGGCGCCGUCCGGAAAGUGUGGGCACAGUCUUGGGAUGUUGCAGCGAGGUCUUGGAACGUCAUUGCCUGGCAGCCAGAUGGGCGCCACGAAAGAGGUGCCGCGUGCCCGGAGACUCCGUUUCUCCUGCGCUGUUGGUGUCGCUGAGCACGCUGGAGAAUGGACGAGUGACAGUUUGGAGGGAAUCCUGUCUGGAUGAAGCUUGCGCUUUCUUGCCAGAGGCGCGCUGGAGGGCCAGCUGUGACUGCGCCUUCAGUUGGGUCGCGCCCAAUUGGGAGGAGGAGGAGGAGCUGAAUGACGCCCCGCCCGAGGACAAAGUGCCCCUGCGCGCCACGGAGCAUGGGACCGCUUCCGCGAGCGCGGGGACGAUGGGCUCCGUGCAGCUCGUGAUGCUGGCCGAUGGCGGCACCGUGCUAUGGACCCUAGAGUGGAACGAUAUCUCCGCGCCGAUGAAGACAAGUCAAGAGG